AUUUUUAUUGAACAAUUCCAUACACAACUUCUUUACAAUAUUCAAAAGGUAACAGGUCCAUACAAACAAAAAUGAAAAUGAAUAAAUAAAAGUAAUAAUAAAUAAACGCAGAUGAGAUUUAAAUUAUAUUACACAAAACAACAUAAUAACAUUGGGGGACUUUUGCAUGUCAGUGUAGGCAUCAGCUCUACAUGUGGUCAUAAGAAGUGUCAUAGCCUAUUUGGGUAUCUAAAAUACGACGGAGAAUUAGGGCCACGUUGAGAUUAAAAAAGAAAGUUUUUAUUUCGAGAAUAAAGUCGUGAUAUUACGAGAAUUAAAAAUGCAAAAAAAAACCCCAACAUUUAUUAGGAAUAUUUCAACAACCAAUAAACGGGAUAAAUGACAGUCGGUGGCCCCUUGAGCUGCUUCUAACACUGCUGUAUGUCUGUCUGACAAUGGAAUAGACUCAGUUUCUGCACAAUCUUUUCAGUGCCCUGAUGCUGCUGAUGCUGCUGAUGAUGAUGAUGAUGCUGAUGACCCAAAAGAUGAAGUAUCUCCUUAUUUGUGAAACCUCUGUUAUAGUAGAACUUCACAGGAUACUCCACGUUCCUCAUUUUAAAGCUUCUGAUAUUUUUCCUUGUAAAAUUAUGACUAAUCUCAUACACAUAUUUUUUUGCUCGUAAAAGUUUGAUUUUUUUCUUGGAAUAUUUUGACUUUAUGCUCGUAAUAUUAUGACUUUCUUCUCGAAAUUUCAGAUUAUUUUCCCUUAAUGUGGCCCUAAUACUCCGUGGUAAAUAAUAAAUAGGCAAAUACAACACUUUACAGAUCACUCACGUUGCUCGCCUCAGCCGUAUUUCCACUGUGGCCCUGAAAGCACCGCUCGGCCUGCUGUAAACUGUGUAGUGGCUCUGCGGAUCACCUCCGUUUACUAGGGCGGGCCUUUUCUGUGUCGCUGCUACAGGGAUACCAAGAUGGAAAUACAGGGGCUAUCUGAUGCCCAAAACAUUCACUCUCAACAUGGCGCCCCACAUAGAACCACUUCGUCUCCACUUCGAUCGGCGACAGGAUCGAGACCUCGUUUUAACUGCACCGAAAAUGGAGCGGACGGACAACUGGAGCUGCUUGAACCACAAAGAGACAACAACAACAACAGGCCAAGGACAUCACCGUUUCGCCUACUGGCGGAAAAUGGCAGCGGAACGACUAGCCUGCCUGUUAGCAAAUCGCAACCAACCAAUAAAACUAAUUUAUCGAGUGAUAGACUUAAUAACGUGAACACGGAGAAGAAAAAUGAGCUGAACGCACUACUUUGUUCUCAGGAGUCUGUUAGAGCUGCCUGGAAAUAUGGUAUAGAAAGUGUAGAUACUGUAAUGCAAAUGGAGCUGCCUCUGUUUGAAGGGGAAGAGGAACCGAUGCCGCAGAGGCAACUAACGUUACCAUUUCCAGUUUUACGGCAGCAGCGUGAGGACGGCGCCUUCAAGCAGCCUUCACUGGCCUGCCGAAGCGCUCCUCCGCCGGAGAACAUCAGCACCGCAGACAGAACCACCCAGGAAUUGUAUGUUGUUUUCAAUGUCGUUCAAGAGGAUGGCAGCGGUGAGGAAGGCAAGCACCGACUGGAUGUAUCAUCUGAGGACGGCGAUAAAAUAAAAGGUAAAAGGCAAGAGUGCUGUAAGGCGAGUCCCUGCGGCUCCAUGGAGGUUGGAAACAGCAGUAACGCACUUCUCUGUGAAUCUAAUGACAACGUUAACUGUCUUGAUACCCAGGCCUUGAAAAAACCCGAACAUGUUUUCAAUUUACUUAAAGGUAACUCAGUCGCGGUAAAUGCGAAACAGGGUGUUUGUCACCAAACUGUCGAAGACGUAGUUUUGACAAACAAAUAUGGCGAUAAGAUUUGUGGCCAGAUUUGUACCGAAAACGAAGAAGGUAAACUGGUCAGGGAGCUUUCGCCGCAGUCCCAUAAUGACGAGAGCAGUGCCUUGAUUUCAGGGAACUCGGGCAUCGUGGAAGCCAUGGAUACCUCGGACUUUAUUUCAGACUCGACGGGGCUGCAGCACAGUGCAAACCCGGUCACGGCCUCCACAAGUCCGCACCCCAGUGAAACCUUUUCCGGAACUAUCACGAUAAACAACCAAAGCAUCAUAGUGACCAUAGAAAACGGGAUACUGACUCUUGCUGCCCCACCAGAGGGGCAUGUACACAAAGAGGAUGAUAUGGUCAGCUUGAAGGAGCAUCUUGGCAUGAAAGACCAUGAGGAUAUUGUUCUUCUCAACUAUGACAGUGGCACUAAAUCCAUCGGGAAGAUCAGCACGUUAGCAGUAUCCAGCGUCAGCCAGCAGAAAGAACCCAGACCUGGUUUGUCCGUGAGUGACUCAGAGCUGGCUCUGGUGGAUGACUGUUCAUUAUCAGAGCUGGGCACUUCUCUGGACUCCUGUUCCAUUGUCAAGCAGGAGGCAGGGGCGCUAUGUGCUGUAAAAGAGGCUGAUUUGGUCAUCCCAACCCCCAAAGCCACAGUGGCAGACUGUGAAAAUGAGGACUUCCAGUCUGUACCGCCAAUCAGGUCUAAAAAAGAGACUGUGACGUCCUUUGACUGCCCAGAACCUGGCUGCUCCAACACAUUUGACACACGUCAGAAACUCAAGGUUCACCUCCUGAACCACGCAGAGGAUCCACGCCCCUACCAGUGCACCAUGGAGGGCUGUGGCUGGGCUUUUGCCACCUCUUACAAACUAAAGCGGCAUCUUCAAUCACAUGACAAGCAACGACCGCACACCUGCCAAUUUGAAGGCUGUGGGCGGCGUUUCACCACAGUGUACAACCUUAAAGCUCAUGUCAAAGUCCAUGAGCAUGAUAAUUCCUUCAUCUGUGAGAUCUGCAGCGAGAGGUUCCGCAGUGCUGCUCGACUCGCCAAUCACCAGAGGGUCCACUUUGAGCCACAGAGGCCCCACAAAUGUGAAUUCCCAGGCUGCGAGAAAACCUUCAUCACCUUCAGUGCCCUGUUCUCCCAUAAUCGCACUCAUUUCAGAGAAACAGGCCACUUCACCUGCACCUUCCCAGGCUGCGAUAAGACGUACGACAAGGCCUGUCGCCUCAAGAUCCACAUGAGAAGUCACACUGGUGAGAGGCCAUUUGUCUGUGACUCAGAGGGCUGUGGCUGGUCUUUCACUAGCAUGUCAAAGUUGCUCCGACACAAACGGAAACAUGAUGAUGACCGGCGCUUUGUCUGUACAGAGGAGGGCUGUGGAAAGUCCUUCACCCGGGCAGAGCACCUUAAGGGUCACAGUAUCACCCAUCUGGGCACCAAGCCCUUCCAGUGCCAUGCAGAAGGCUGUAAUGCCAAGUUCUCAGCACGCAGCAGCCUGUACAUCCACUCCAAGAAGCAUAAGCAGGACACCAGCACCCUGAGGACCCGCUGUCCUGUGGCAAACUGCUCCAAACACUUCUCCUCUCGCAGCAGUCUGAAGAGCCACAUGCUUAAACACCAUCACCUUAGUCCCGAUGUUUUGAACCAAAUGGAGACCACGCCCACCUUGACCCCCAGCAGUGAGCUCAUCAGCUCCAACUCAACAACGGUUACUGGGCCUGGUAUUGCUGGGGGCGACCAGCUUACCAACCUGGACCUCAGCUCUCUUUUCUCUGCUGUGCCUGGAGGUGCAGCGCCUCCAGGCACAGGUAUGGGAGUGGGAAUCCCUGUCGGCGGUAGCAGCUCUAAUGGCACUUUCACCAUGGACCUCUCCCUGGUCAGCUCAGGCAUCCUCACCAUCGACCCCGCUUCUGUUGGGACCACGCUUGGUACCAGCACAAGCACCACGCUGGCCAAGACUGUGGACCCUCUUAUCCUAGCAGCCAGUGCUGACAUUGGCCCCCACCAUGGUCUGGAGGGUACAGCGGGUGACGUCCUGCCCCCACAGGGCACCCUAAACCUGGAUGAUGUGCAGACGGUUACCCCAGAGGCCCUGGGAACCCUCACAGCUCUCACCAUGCAGGGUGCUGGUUCCUCUGUGGACCCCACUCUACAGCACCCACUCAGCUCCUCCAGCGCCCUGAGCGUGGAGGCCACAGCCACCCUGGCAGUGGCUCCUGUGGCCGAGCUGCUGGCUUCACCCUCUACAGUGGUGGAGGUUGGUGGGCAGGGGGGAGUGGGGCCUCUGCUGGGUUGUGUGGAGGUGCUGGGGCCUCCAGAAGGAGGAAAAGUCCUCACCCAGUUUGUUUUCCCCACUCACAGCAACAGCUUCAGCCCUCAAAAAGACUCAGAACUCAACGCUGUGUCACCAAGCAGCUUCCUAGAGAGUGGAGGCUCAGCCAGGACUGAUUACAGAGCCAUCCAGCUGGCCAAGAAGAAGAAGAAGCAGAGAGGCCCAUCAGCCUCCUCUGGGAGUUCCAGCCAGAGAAAAAUGAAAGGAGCAAAGGCAGCCAUUGCUCCAGCACCGCUGGCUCCAUCUGCUGCUCGUUAUGGUGAAGGAGCUCCAUCAGGCAACGGGGGCCUGACUCUGCGUGAUCCUGUCACCGGGGCCCAGUAUGUCCAGAUUCAGCUGCUGCAGGACGACCCAGCCAGUGAUGGCGAUCUUGCCUUCCAGCUGAGCUCUCAGCCCUCCAGCUCGCACUCUCAGCUCACUGUUGACCUGCCUGUCAACAUUUUGCAGGAACCCUCAGUGAUGGCCGAAGACGACAACACAUCUGACAACUCCCAGUUCACAGGAAGCACAAUCAACCUCCAGGACUUGGAGUGACCACCGCAGAGCUGGAGGUCACAGGUCUGCUGCAAUGAUCGAUUUCUCUGGCACCUCGUCACUGUCCACAGUUUACAUCAACAAACACACCGUGAGAUAUUAUGCUCCAUCAAACUGUUGACCUGUUUUUUCCCAGGACUUUGAAAGCCUUUGUGGACAUGUGGUCAUAUGAUUUAGGGAGGGGUGGACAUGGUUUCACAGAUAAUGCACCUUGAGAAGAGGAUACGAGGAUAGUUUCUUCAGAAGAUUAUUGUGUUGAUUUCUUCAGUCCAGUUUGUACCAAAAUCAAACCUGACAGCACUCAGAGGCUGUCCUGUGGGUGUUAACAGUAACGGUGUCUAUUCCAUGGUGCCACGUUGCCACUCAUGCACAUUCUGUGUGCUAUCUACGCUCCAGUUGCCUUACAGACACCUCACACUGUGCACACCUCCACUGGCAGGUUAUCUUCUUUAUUUGUUGCUAUUUUGAUUUCUUAAGUUUUGUUAGCUUUAUUUUUCUAUGGCAGUACCAAGUUCAUGUUGAAAACAUGGCUAUUCAUGUGUUUAUAUACGUAUGUAAUGAGUUACUACCUUCUUGUGAUAAUUUAAUGUUUGUUAUUUAUUAUUUAGUUGUGGGUUUACAGAAUGGCAGAGCCAAACACAGAUGAAUUAAAGAAUUAAAGCACAAUCUGAACAGUU